AUGCCUGGGGGUUUUGAAAAGUCGGUAAAGGGGGCCACAAAGCUCAAGCUCGCAGCCCCUAAAUCCAAAUACAUCGAACACAUUCUUGUGGCAACUCACACCGGCGAGGCAGGAGUCGCAGAGGUAUUCCGAACGCUUCAACUUCGUCUCCGGGACUCAGCAUGGACGAUCGUGUUCAAAGCGCUCAUUGUUCUUCAUCUAAUGAUCCGCGAGGGUCAACUGGACGCCGCGCUGGGAUACCUGUCCGAUAAUCCAAGGAAGAUUGCGCCCAGUAACUUCUCCGAAGCGCAAUCGCAGGGACACAACAUCCGGCGCUACGCCGAAUACCUGAUCACACGCGCCAAGGCGUUCGAGGCAACAAAGACGGACCAUGUGCGAAGUGGACCUGGACGGUUGAAAAGAAUAGGCGUGGACAAGGGCUUGUUGAGGGAGACCGAGAUUGUGCAGAAGCAGAUCCGCGUGCUGCUACGCUGCGAGCUUCUGUCGGAUGAACCGGAGAACGAAAUCAGCCUGACCGCAUUUCGCUUGCUCACCCUUGACCUAUUGACGCUAUAUUCGGUCAUGAACGAGGGGACUAUCAAUGUUCUAGAACACUACUUUGAGAUGUCGCGGCCGGACAGUAUCCGCGCGCUGGCCAUAUACAAGACAUUUACAAAGCAGACGGAAGAAGUGGUCCAGUUCCUGGGAGUCGCAAGACAUUUCCAAUCUGCCACCCGCCUGGAGAUCCCUAAGCUUAAACACGCCUCUACAGACUUGGCACGGCUCCUAGAGGAUGAUCUAAACGAUCCCGACUUCGACCUCCGCCGACGGGAGUAUCUGGCAAAGAAAGGAGUUCCCAUUCCACCAAGUAUGGAAGCCACUGCGCCUGCCACCGAAAAGCCGACAUCGAUGCAAAACACAUCAAGUUUCAACCCUCCCAAACAGCCUGAGCAAGCCAAACCUGCACCCGUGGACUUGAUCGACUUCUUCGACUCGAUUGAGCAAAACCAACAACCGAUGGGACAAGCGGCCCCGAUGCAAUACCAACAAAGCGGAUUCCAACAGCCGCAGCAACAGCAAUUCUUCCCCCAGCAGACCGGCUUCCAGCAGCAGCCCCAGGCGAUUCCACAGCAAGCACAGGCGACUGGUUUCGGGCAGCCGGAUCCAUUUGGAGCGCCAUAUCAAGCACAGGGCCCUAAUAAUCCAUUUGGACAGCCACAGGCGCAAGCACAACCCCAGCAACCCCAGCCACUUCAGCCCAUGCCAACUGGAGCUGGGUUUGGUGGAUACACCGCGCAGCCUCAGCAGUACAACUACCAGUCGCAAUUGGCUCCGAUUCCGCAAGAAAAUAUUGCCUCUUUCCCUCAACAGCAGCAGGCACCUCAACCCUUGCAGCCUCAACACACCAAUCCUUUCCGUCAGUCUAUGAUGGUCAAUUCUUCCCCGGGCCCUCCCCCCGCUGCCCCUCUCUCGCGGCAGAACACGAACCCAUUCGCCAAAAGGCUCUCUAUGGCCAACCCUCAAUAUAAUCCCGCACACGAGCAAUUCCAACCUCCCUUACCCCCGCCCCCGCAGAUCCCUCCCACACAAGCGCAGCCCAUUCAACCUCAGCGGACAGGGACCAAUCCCUUUGCGCGCAGCUCUCCCGCUCCUCAACCCGCAGCGGCCCCCUUGCAGCCCAACCCAACUGGGAGCACCAACCCGUUCCGACAGAGUCAGUUUGUCAACCAGCAGACCGGACAAGGCUGGCAGCAUAGCGGACAGACUGGCACUAUGGGCGGAUUGGAACAGCUGGACACGGUGCCGAUCUUCCCGCGCCCCGGCAUGACUUAA